AUGACGAUGAGCACGAGGACGGAGGAUGAACUAUGCUUCAUACCAUCGAGGGACUUACUCAACCCAAAGUUUGAAUCAUACAAACUUAAAGAAUAUGACCAAACCAACUUACGAAGGAUCCCUCUGGCCAAACCUAUCGACCUCUCGAUCAAUCCAAACUUCAAGAGCUUCAAUUUCCAAGAGCUGAAAUCAAAAUCAACAUGGAACCAUCUUUUAGUAGGAAGCUUUCCUAAUACCCCGGCACAGUUGAUUUGGAUCGAACCUAGAUCUCUUCAAAUCUCUACACUCAACCAUCCAGAUUCAAACGAUCCACAGAUUUCUUCAGUACUUCAGCUACCCGACCGACGUGAAGAACUGCUUGGAGACCAAAUCAACCAAGGAAUCGAAUUUGAUUACCCAACGGGGUUUGCACUCAACCAUCACCGUCUAAACCAUCUCGCUUCCCAGGAGCAGAAUCUCUGGCUCAUACUCGAUGGCGGAAAGACGCUCUUUCUGGUCGAUCUGAACCUCAAUUCUUCUCCUCGAAUACUCGCUCAGAAGGAACUCGAUGAUUCAUCGGAUCGCUUCAUCCAUGGAUUCUAUAAAAUCGCAUCGGUUGACGUUAAAGAUUCUCAGUCGGAUACAUUCUGGAUGAUCCUACGAGCUAAAUCAAGCCAAAAAACAUCUGAAGAGCUAGAUCAUGAGGAAGUUUGCCACCAAAAUAUCAAAUCAACUAAGAAGAGAAAGUUGCUCUAUACCCCCUAUUUAGUCGAGAUUCGGAUCACACCCAACCCUUCAUGCAACGCUGAGCACUCCUCGAUCAUGCCCUUCAUUUUGGAUAUUCAACUACACACACAAUUGACGGGCGCAGACGAUCUCCUAUCUGUCCAUUACGACCGUCCUGGUCAUCGAUGGUGCCUUCGAUCAACUUCAAAGUUCACUUCUCUCUCUCAACAAACUUCUCCUCAGCCAGCUCAACCACCGGAAGAGGCCAACGAAAGACUAAACCAAGUCCAAAGCAAGCAGACUGAUCCAAAAUCUUCAUCCACGAGCUCUCCCGUCUCGCCUUAUGCUUGGAGCCAAACUCUUUCAACCCUCACAAUCACUUUCAACAUCCCUUUCCCCAUCACCAGCAAGUUGAUCAAGAUUGACUUCCGAACAGGCUCUAUCAAUUUCCGACUACCCAAGCUGGAUUCCUUACCCAAGGAAAAUGAGGAUUAUCUUCCAAACCUAUUUGCUUAUUUUGGACAGCAAUUCACGCUCAAUAGCACCGAGCAGGCAACUGGAUUAGUAUUGGAUCUUUGGGAUCAUGUCGCCCCGGAAGAGUGCACCUGGUUUGUCGAAUCUUCAGUCAACAAGAGCACCCUCCUCACGAUCGAGCUCGAGAAACAUACCCGGUUACGUUGGCCACAAGCUUUCAAAGUAGAUUUCCAAGUCUCAGAAACUAUGGACCCGAUCGAACUGCUUUCGAUCACUGAGAACCUUGCAAAGUACACGUCCACGGCUGAUGAUCAAGAAGCCGGUUUACCCUCUAAAAAACCAAAACUAGGUUUGGGGUCAGCGGCCGGCGCGAACCUCAGCUCCACGACCCCCUCUUCUUCUUCCUCUGGCGUUGGUGCAUUUCCAUCAAUCCAUAACACCUCCUUGACCGCAGGAGAGAUGGACGAAGAGAUUGAUCUGGCUAAUGAAGUCAUGGUCACUGGAGUCGUGAUGACUUGGUUGAUCGAGAAAACCCCCGACGCUCGAGCCGAGAUGGCCAGUCCGAGGGAGAGUGAUCCGAGCGAUUCCAACUUGCUCGUUAAGGUCGCUCAGAAUGGGAUCCCCGUCGAGCUGAUCUCCAAUCCACUCAAGGUCGUCCAGCUCGACCACUCCACUGCAUCCAGCCUAAAAAAGGAAGAUAUUGAGUACGAGUCCGGAUCGACGAUGAUGAUCAAAUCGGAUAUCGAUGGCCUAGUCUUCAGUCCCCCUGAUGGACGAGAAGAUAGGCUGAACUUGCGAUGGACCCACCGUCUGAGCUAUCCCGCACUGGCCUUCGUCAUGGCCUCUAAGCGCGAGAUCUGGGCGUCCUUCUUCACGCCUCAGUUCACCCUGCUCUUCGAAACCUCGUCCGCUUCCAAGGAUCGCCAGAGUCUCGGAAACUUGUUUGUCUAUCAUCACACUCCUGAUCGGCAAUCGGUCUCCUCCCAACGCGUCAUCCAGCUCUCGUCGCCUCAUCAGAUCAAUCCAGUUCCCCUGUCCUCUUCCACUCAAAUCCAUCCUCACCUUCUUGGCCUCUGUGCACUCUCUAAAGCUCACCCCUCUUCUCCCUCUCCUCUCUCUAUCAUUCUUCUGUCCCAACAUGAAAUCAUCAUCUUCGACCUCUAGUCAUCCCCCCCCCAUUCAUGAAUGGAAUGCUGGACAGUUUGGGCAUCCACCAAAUCAUUGCAACUUGUAGUGCAGAUUGCAAGCCUUGCAAUCAAGAACAGAUUACCACGAGAAAGAAAAUUCAGCUUGCACCAGGUGGUUCAUGAGGUAGCUCAUUGAAUGUGGUACAAUUGGGACAACAAACCUCUUAGGUCCACCCAAACCUCAUCAGAUGUUACAAGAAUUUGCAAUAUAUUGCUGCCAAACAGAGCAUUGGUCUUUCUCAGAUAAUAGGAACUGGCCACGUAAUAACCACAAGAACUGUUUAUGUACAUUGGUUUUUUUUUGCUAUAAGUCAGAUUAUAUAUCUUUGUCAAGAUGGAUUGAAUUUAUAUCAGACCUUGACAUAAUUUUUUUUGUGUUACUGAAAGAGCAG